AUGCGCACGCGAACUGUGCCGCAAGAUCUGCCCAGCAACUACAAAUAUAUUCCUGGAUUGUCUGACCGACAGCGGGUAGAUAUGGUGCUACAGCAGCUGCAUGAGCAGCAUCGCUGGAGCCUCAAAUCCUUUCAUUACCACCUGGUAACGGCGCAGCCUGAAGAGAAACAUUCCUGGUCAACUGAGUGCCGAGUACGGAAGCUAUUUGAAGCCAUAUAUGAGCAAGAGGAGGUGAUGGCUGAAUUGCACAAGAUCCCUGAGAAUGCUGAGUCAUUAAGGCACUCAAAUCUGGUCAAGCUCAUCCGAAAAGAGCUUGCCCAGUUUGACAAACCCAAAGUUGGGCUUGGUCAAUUCGCCACAGACGAGACCGUCGAUCAACUGCAUAUGCCCGAGAUGAGGCCAUGCGUUCGUUGA